GGUUUCAGUUGCUUCGAAACAGUGACACGAUUCGCGCGCGACUCGCUUCCUCCCCGCAUCGACUGUGAGAACAGAACAGCUGUGUGCCAGAGCAUAGGGAUUUUCUUGCAGCAAGAGUGCAGAAAUUUUCGCAGUGCUGUUCGUGCUAGUGCUCUUCGUAUAACUGAAUGAAACCAGUGCAAAAAAACUGUAUGAUACAGUGACAAAAAUAUAACCAAGAAUUUUGUGUGUGGAGUGCUAGAACCCUUAAGGAUCCGCCGACCCCCCCCCGCCAGCCCACCUCGAAGGAUAAGAUACAGAAACAGAUACAGAUACAGUCGGACUCCGACAGGACUACUGUGGCAAUUGGAGGACAUGCAAUGAUAAUUAGCUAUUUGUUGGACUCUCUCUGGCGCAAUAAAAAUUAAUUAGAAAUUUGUCAAGGAUAAAAAAACUGCCACAGCGACUAUGCAAAACUAUGUUCAGGCUCAACUGAAAUGAAAACUUAAAGCGGCAAAAACCCCAAGGGAAACUCCAGGAAAUUUCAACACAAAAAGCGAACAAAAAUCGGUGGCAAAACAAUGAAAAUAAUUUCGCGUGGCAUACGUUCGGGCGCCGGUAAGGAAGACGACUCUGCCGCUUGCAGGAGGCGCCGCACGGCGCUCAAAAUGAAUUGCCCCAUUCUGAUUGUAAUUAGCCUUGGAUGGCUGCUGCACAGCCACGGCGGGGCAGCCGAGGCAGCCAUUUCAAAUCGAGGCAGCAACAGCCGCUCGAUGAGCAACGUGCAACAAUCGGCGGCCGCCCCCUCAUCGCUGACCGCCUCGCUGCCGCGCUUCCUCUCACGCGGCCACACCUACCGCGCCGUUGUGGGCGACACACUCGUCCUGCCCUGCCAGGUGGAGAAUCUGGGCAACUUUGUGCUGUUGUGGCGACGUGGAACAAAUGUGCUCACUGCCUCCAACAUAAUGGUCACCCGGGAUGAGCGCGUAAGACUGAUAGAUGGCUAUAAUUUAGAGAUAUCCGAUUUGGAGCCGCAAGAUGCCGGGGAUUAUGUUUGUCAAAUCAGUGACAAAAUAAAUCGUGAUCAAGUGCAUACUGUGGAGAUAUUGGUGCCGCCCAGCGUUCGAGCCAUACCCACAUCCGGCCAGCUGCAGGCCCGCAAGGGCGGACCCAUCACCCUGGAGUGCAAGGGAUCUGGCAAUCCGGUGCCCACCAUCUACUGGACCAAAAAGAGCGGCGCUAACAAGUCGACGGCCCGUAUCGGCGACGGCCCCAUCCUGACGCUGGAGAAGCUGGAGCGCCAGCAGGCGGGCGUCUAUCAGUGCACCGCCGACAACGGCGUGGGCGAUCCAGUCACCGUCGACAUGCGUCUGGAUGUGCUCUAUCCACCGGAUAUACAAGUGGAAAAGUCCUGGAUACACUCGGGCGAGGGCUUCGAGGCGAAACUCGUUUGCAUUGUCUACGCUGAUCCAGUCGCAACGGUAUCCUGGUACCAGAACUCAUUUCCGAUACAAACGACCGAUAGACGAAUCAUGAACACCAGAGGCAAUCGACACACACUCACCAUACGCCACAUCCAGCAGGAGGACUUUGGCAACUACAGCUGCGUGGCCGACAACUCUUUGGGACGUUCCCGCAAGUACAUGGAGCUGUCGGGCCGCCCCGGACCCGCCGAGUUCUACUCGCCCAAGUGGGGCCGCUCGCCGGACAGCUACAAUCUGACAUGGAAAAUCGAUAGCUACCCGCCGCUGGAGGAGGUGCGUCUGCUCUACCGUCGUGUGCUGAUGAACGAUACCUUCCAGCAGCCGGGCAGGUGGCACGACUUUAUACUCACACCCGAACACCGGCCGGCCUCGGAACCCCUGACACACAUCAUGUCCUACACCAUUAAGAAUCUGUAUCCUGGGGCUUACUACGAGGCGAUUGUGCAGGCCAAGAACCGCUACGGCUGGAACGAGGUCAGCGAUAUAUUUCAAUUUAUCGUGGCCAGCAACAGCCUGGACAUUGCCCCCGAGGACGCCGAGGUGGUGGCCAGCUCCAAGUCGCGCAGCAACAGCGGAGCCAUCAGCAGCCUACAAGGCCCACUGCCCCAGUGCCUGCUCCUGCACAUGGCCCUGCUGCUGGCCCUGGCCUUGAGUAAUUGUCAGUACGAUAGGCGUCGACUGGGCCUGGGCCUGGGCUAAGCGACCGCAGAGCAAAAUAGCAACGCAAUGCCACAAACGGGGCAGAGGCCAGAGAAUGACUUGAUUUUGGUUGGAAUUUGUACAUCUUUUUGGAUUGACUAACCCGCUAAUGGUAUUCCCCUCCCCGCCCCCACAACAACUACAGCAAGCUAACCAAAGAGCAAGAACCCAAAGAAAAGGAAACCAAAAAUAAACCCACAUGUAAAUACUAUUUUGAAAAGAGUUUUGUCCACGAUUUAAUUAGCACACAUACUCGUACAUUAUAUGGCAAAGGAAAAUGGGAAAUGGAGCAAAGGAAAAUGCGAGUCAAGAAGGCAAAAAGCCCCCCCAUGAUAGCCAUUAUAGCCACGUAAGCCAAUCGAAAAUAGGUCAUGUAAAUAUUAAGAGCAUUAGAUAUCUGAAUGUGAAUGAACUACAUUUUACUCUGCAUAAAGAAACGUGUAUGUAAAGUUAAGCAAAACAUUAUAUAGUGAUAUUAUUUAAAGCAUAAAUAAUAAAUAUCGGAAUACUCACUCGAACACAUGGCCCCCCCCGCCCCCACAAGUCCUGUGUUUGUUGUUCAUUUUUGCCUGUAUUUUAGCCUGUAAGUGCACCAGUAAGCCAGCAAAACACACAGAAGAUUGGCAACAAAUAGAGUGUUUUUUCGAUGUAAACUAGAACUUAAGCAAACAAAAAACCCAAAAAGAAAAAUACAAUGUUGUACCACCAAAACUAAAAAACUAGGCUAAUACUUUGCUCCCCCGUAAAUACAAUAGAAUUUACCAUAGAAUACUCGUAUUUGAAUGUGAAUUUUUGGAAUAUUUGUGACUCGUGACAGCAGAGCAGGCCCUGUAAAUACAUGAGGAAUACUUAUUGAGCAAGCAUUUUAUCAGCUUAUGCACCUGUACAUUCUAGCCUGCCACCCCCCAACACCCACCCCCCCAAAAAAAAAACCAAAGCGUUACAAUUUAUCUACAUAAAUGUGUAUGUGUGUGUGUACCUAAACAUAGCCAGAAGAAAGGAUUAACCAUUACCAUUACCACAGAUACAAUGUACGAGUCCCACACUCACAUAGAUACACAGACAAGAGCAAAGAUUUAGAGAGCAAGAACAGGGCGCCUUCUGGGGAGCCUGUUCCUUAACGGAGAGUUCAUUAAUUACUAACUACUUAGUACUACAACUACAACUACGAUGCUAAUUGUAUGAUUAAAGCGCAUAAGAAAACCCUCAAAUAUUCAACAAAUUAAAAUAAAGCAUUAGAUGUAAAACUAAA